UCGAUGACGAUUUCUCAACGUGAAUGUGUUAAUUUUGUUAAAGAUGCUUCCUUGAAUUAAACGGGAAGACUAGAACUUUUAAGUAAAUUCGACGAGGAAUUUCCAAGCAAAAUGACAGAAAAAUCGACUCCGCUCCUAGCAGUAUUGCAGCUCCUACGGAAAUAUAAUUUGAAGGGAACUGAAGAAAUACUUAGAAAAGAAGCGAGUCUUGGCGAUGUAGAGUUUGAGAAUUUGGAUUUACCGGAGGUUGAGCUGGCCAGUAUUCUCACAGCUCACCAUACUGAAAGUGACCCUUACAGCUAUGAAUUUGCUUACGAUAGUCUGAAGAAAUUCGUAGAGAACUGUUUGGACAUGUAUAAACAUGAGUUAUCUACUCUACUAUACCCUGUAUUUGUGCACAUGUAUUUGAGCCUGAUAUUGUAUGGACACAAUGAGCAUGCAGCAAACUUCCUGGAAAAGUUUGGACCAGAGCAAGAGGAUUACUAUCAGGAGGACUUAACUAAGCUUUCCGUUGUCAAAAAUGUAGAUCAAAUUAAAGGCAAUGACAUGGUUGAAGCUUACAGCUCCAACAAGUUUGUUGUCCAGCUAUCCAGAGACGCAUCAUCCCAGCUAAAACGGUUCCUCCAUGAGCAAAAGAACUCCACAGUAAUUAUAAACGUCAUCAACAACCACAUACAGAUUGAGGUGCAUGAUGGACCUGGUCGCACUCAGGCUCAAGUGAGGGCCACAGCGGGGGGCCUACUUGGAGAAGCUACUAGAAACGAGAAUCGCACCAAAGUAUACUAUGGUCUUCUGAAAGAGCCUGACAUCCAAGUUCUGCCAGCGCCAAUAGAGGACGAGGAGGAGCCAGAAGAAACACCAGAUAAACCAAAAAAGAAAAAAGCGAAGAAAGAUAAUAUAUUCAUGAAGAAACCUAAAUCGGACCCCAAUGCUCCUCCUAAUGAUAGAAUUCCAUUGCCGGACUUAAAAGAAACGGACAAGAUUGAAAAAGGCAAGGCAUUGAGAGAGGCGUCAAAACGCGUGCAACUCGGCCCUGACAGUCUACCCUCCAUCUGCUUCUAUACCCUUCUAAACAGCGGCCACACGGCGCUCUGCGCUGAUAUAUGUGACGACUCCACACUGCUUUCUGUCGGCUUCAACAACUCUACCAUAAAGGUGUGGACUUUGACUCCAGUCAAAUUGCGCGGCAUGAAAUCUGCUGAAAAAUUGCAAGAUAUUGACAGAGAAGCAGGUGAUGUCCUCGUCAGAAUGAUGGAAGAAAGAGACCGCGACACUUGUCGCACGCUCUUCGGACAUUCCGGUCCAGUUUACAAAGUUGCUUUUGACCCGUUCAAGACUAUGCUACUGUCGUGUUCUGAAGAUUCCACAGUGAGACUAUGGUCCCUGCAAUGUUGGACCUGUCUGGUGGUCUACCGGGGGCACGUGUGGCCGGUAUGGGACGUGCGAUGGUCACCCCACGGCCACUACUUCGCUACCAGCGGCCACGACCGCUCGGCACGUCUCUGGGCCACCGAUCACCACCAACCACUCAGAAUCUUCGCCGGACACCUUUCUGAUGUUGACUGUGUUCAAUUCCACCCAAACUCGAAUUACAUCGCAACGGGCUCUAGUGACCGUACAGUGCGUGUAUGGGACUGCUUAACGGGAACCCAAGUUCGUAUAAUGACUGGACAUAAGUCGCCAAUAUUCACCCUGGCGUUCUCCGUGUGCGGGCGUUGGCUGGCGUCGGGCGGCGGCAGGGGCGAGCUGAUGGUGUGGGACCUGUCUACCGGCGCGCCCGCAGCCACGCUGCCGCCCUCGCAUACCGCGCCCAUACAUGCGCUCGCCUUCAGCCGCGACGGAACUAUUUUGUCUACUGGAUCUUUAGAUUGCACCAUAAAGCUAUGGGACUUCGCAGCAAUUACUGAAGAAGUCACAGCUGAAGAAAAUGGAACAGGCAACACGGCACCAAAGGAUGACAAAUAUUUACUACGCUCCUUUGCCACAAAGAAUUCACCUAUCAAAACCUUACAUUUCUCGAGACGCAAUCUGUUAUUAGCUGUAGGUACCUAUGAAGGAAGUUCGUAAGAAUAAUUAUAAAUUACAAUUACUUUGUCAUAUAAAUCUUUAUUUGACCAAUGUACAAUAUUUUUUGUAUGUAACCAGAUUACUAAAGAAAAGGAGUGUUGUAAUUUGCAUAAACCGUUUCACCAUGUCCUUUAUUUAUAUGGUGGACAAGGAACCAUAAAACAAUGUGAUCAUAAUAUUUGUAAGAGAUAUGACCUUUCUGAUGUUAUAAACUGUAUCAUUAAGUUCAAUAUAGACUCAUUACUUCUGGA